CCGCGCGGGGUUGGCAGCAAGUCGAAUGACGAUCGACUCGAUGCAAGUGUGCGCUUUAGCUUCAUUCGUUCGGCAACAAUGGCGGCAGACCUCGAACAGUUUCAACAGCUUCUGAAUACACUCCUCAGCACAGACAACGAUGUCCGGACGCGGGCGGAGGAGGCGUACGGUAAUCUUCCAGUGGAAAGCAAGGUGACGUUUCUCUUAAACACCGUUUGCAAUGGUACGCUUGCAGAAGAGAUGCGGGCCAUUGCCGCAGUACUGUUGCGCCGACUGUUCUCCUCAGAAUUCGUGGACUUUUAUCCCAAGAUUCCACCGGAGGCGCAAGUCCAGUUGAAGGAACAAAUUUUACUGUCGGUCCAAAAUGAACAAACCGACAGUAUCCGGCGUAAAGUCUGCGACGUUGCGGCUGAGGUUGCUAGGAAUUUAAUAGACGAGGAUGGCAACAAUCAGUGGCCGGAGUUCCUUCAGUUCCUAUUUCAGUGCGCAAAUAGUCCAUUGCCGUCAUUAAAGGAAAGCGCGCUGCGUAUGUUCACAUCCGUCCCAGGCGUAUUUGGAAAUCAACAAGCGAAUCAUCUCGAUCUUAUAAAGCAAAUGUUACAACAAUCUGUCUUAGACAUGGCAAAUUAUGAGGUUAGGUUUCAAGCAGUAAGAGCAAUUGGAGCGUUUAUAACGUUACACGACAAAGAGGAAAAUAUACACAAGCAUUUCUCAGAACUAGUUCCGGCGCUUGUACAAGUAACCGCUCAGUCUAUAGAAAAGCAAGACGAUGAUGCUCUUCUAAAAGUGUUGAUAGACCUUGCUGAGACCACGCCAAAAUUCCUCAGGGGGCAAUUGGACAAUGUUAUGCAAAUGUGCAUGAAUGUAUUCUCCAAUGAAGAGAUGCUUGACUCUUGGCGGCAAUUGGCACUGGAGGUUUUGGUGACUCUGGCGGAGACUGCGCCGGCUAUGGUACGGAAAGUUGGCGAUACAUACAUUGUACCCUUAGUGCCAUUGGUAUUGAAGAUGAUGACCGACUUGGAAGAAGAUGAGAAAUGGAGCUUCUCCGAUGAAAUCAUCGAAGAGGACAACGACAGCAACACCGUAGUUGCGGAAAGUGCUUUAGACAGAUUGGCCUGUGGCCUGGGAGGGAAGACGAUGCUACCACAAAUCGUGCUAAAUAUCCCUACAAUGUUGAAUAACACUGAUUGGAAGUACAGGCAUGCAGCGCUCAUGGCUAUCUCAGCUGUUGGUGAAGGAUGCCAUAAACAAAUGGAAGUUCUUUUACCACAAAUAAUGGACGGAGUCAUACAAUAUUUACAAGAUCCGCAUCCUCGUGUACGAUAUGCUGCCUGCAACGCAGUAGGACAAAUGUCUACAGAUUUCUCGCCCACAUUUGAAAAGAAAUUCCAUGAUAAAGUUAUCCCUGGACUACUAAUGGUGUUGGAUGAUAACGCAAAUCCCAGGGUUCAAGCCCACGCUGGCGCCGCUCUUGUAAACUUUAGCGAAGAUUGCCCGAAAAAUAUUCUCACUCCAUACCUCGAUGCUAUAAUGGCCAAGCUCGAGUCGAUCCUGACUGCUAAAUUUCAUGAAUUAGUUGCAAAGGGAACUAAGCUCGUACUUGAACAGGUUGUCACGACAAUUGCCUCUGUUGCGGAUACGUGUGAAGAGCAAUUUGUAACUUACUACGACAGGCUAAUGCCCUGUUUAAAAUAUAUUAUUCAAAAUGCGAGUCAGCAGGAACACAAAAUAUUACGGGGCAAGACGAUCGAGUGUGUCAGUCUUAUAGGCCUGGCUGUUGGCUCAGAAAAGUUUAUCGUCGAUGCUAGCGAAGUUAUGGAUAUGUUACUCAAGACGCAUUCAGAAGGUGAUCUUCCUGAUGACGAUCCACAAACCAGCUAUCUUAUAUCUGCUUGGGCCAGGAUUUGUAAAAUUCUUGGAAAACAAUUUGAACAGUACUUACCGUUAGUAAUGGGACCCGUAUUGCGAACGGCCGCUAUGAAGCCUGAAGUUGCUUUACUGGACAAUGAAGACAUGGAAGGCAUUGAGAGUGAUCUUGACUGGCAGUUUGUUUCACUGGGAGAGCAACAAAACUUUGGAAUCAAAACAGCUGGCUUGGAGGACAAGGCUUCUGCAUGCGAAAUGUUGGUUUGUUACGCGCGGGAAUUAAAGGAGGGCUUUGCGGGUUAUGCAGAAGAAGUGGUGCGAUUAAUGGUGCCGAUGUUGAAGUUCUACUUCCACGAUGGUGUUAGAACCGCAGCUGCUGCAAGUUUGCCGUAUCUUCUCGACUGUGCUAAAAUAAAAGGCCCGCAGUAUCUAGAAGGCAUGUGGGCAUAUAUUUGCCCUGAUCUGUUGAAAGCUAUCGAUACAGAACCAGAAUCUGAAGUGUUGUUGGAAUUAUUGUCUUCUUUAGCAAAGUGUAUCGAGACGCUGGGCGCAGGUUGCUUAAGUGCGCCGCAUAUGACUGAACUUCUACGACUUUUAGAUAAAUUACUUAAUGAACAUUUUGACAAAGCAGUUGCCAGAUUGGAGAAACGAAAAGAUGAAGAUUAUGAUGAGGUUGUUGAAGAACAACUUGCUGAUGAAGACAAUGAGGACGUAUACACGCUUAGCAAAAUGGCUGAUAUUUUACAUGCCUUGUUUACAACUUACAAGUCUUCAUUCUUCCCAUACUUUGAUCAAAUAUGCGGGCAUUUCGUAAAAUUACUGAGCCCCGAAAAAUCAUGGUCCGAUCACCAAUGGGCUUUAUGCGUCUUUGACGACGUUAUAGAAUUCGGAGGACCUGAAUGUGUAAAAUAUCAAGAAUUCUUUUUGCGACCGAUGAUUCAAUACGUUUCUGACAAAUCCGCAGAAGUUAGACAAGCAGCAGCUUAUGGCUGCGGAGUUUUAGGCCAAUUUGGUGGCGAGGGCUUUGCACAAGCAUGUGCAGAAGCUUUACCAAAGCUGAUGGAAGUUAUUAGCGAUCCCGAAUCUAGGUCGCUUGAAAAUGUAAAUCCUACUGAAAAUGCCAUUUCAGCGGUGACUAAAAUUCUCAAAUACAACAAUACAAGAAUCAACGUUGAUGAAAUUCUUCCACACUGGCUGACUUGGUUGCCAGUCGUCGAAGAUGAAGAUGAAGCACCUCACGUGUAUGGAUAUCUGUGCGAUUUGAUCGAAGCAAAUCACGCCGUAGUUUUAGGAACGAAUAAUGCGCAUUUGCCUCGACUUAUAAGUUUCUUUGCCGAAGCAUUGUUCAAAGAAGCUGUGCCUACCGAUCAUCCCGUUAUGUCUAGAAUUCUUAGUAUCGUUAGAGAAAUACAGAACAACGACACGAUGUUCCAGGCGAUCAUAAUGCAGUUAUCAACAGAUCAACAACAGGCGCUGCACGAGGCACUCAGUACGCUAAGUACACUAAGUUGAACAUUUUUAACAUCGUAACAAAUAAAAAUGAUAAAUGCUCGCGCUAAUUAAUCUCCCGAAGAAAUCGCAGAUUGUAGGUACAUUGUACCUAUAAAAACAUUUGCUCCUGCCUAGUUAUACACACGCAAAUAUAUUUAAGCAUUCUACAUAUUAUCCACGUACUUGUUGAGUAUGUAUUUCUGUAUCAUUAUCAGAUUUGAUAAUUAGUUUUUUUUUAUCAGGGAUUGUUAAUCAUUUCAAGUAAAAUUAGGGUUUGCCACUGUUUCAUUUACAGUGCUUCUGCGAAGGAAGACAAGUCGAAGGAAAUUUUAUCAAUUAUGAAUAAACUCGCAUUGGCAGAAUUAAAAACUGUUUAUAUAUGUAUAUGUAUAUUUAUAUAUAUGUAUGUUUCUAUAUACAUACAUAUAUGUAUAUGC